AUGACGAAAAGUAUGUUAGACCAUUAUAUGGACAUUGUGAAACUAGAUAGAGAAAUUUCUACAUUAUUAGAAUGUAGAUUUCUACCAGAAAGUGAUGUUAAACAAUUAUGUAAUAUGGCUAGGAGUAUUCUAGAAGAGGAACAUAAUAUACAGAAUAUAAAUUUACCGGUUACAAUUGUAGGAGAUAUUCAUGGACAAUUUUUUGAUUUAAAGGAGUUAUUUCGAAUAGGUGGUAUACCUCCUGAAGUGAAUUUUUUAUUUCUUGGUGACUAUGUAGAUCGUGGAUAUUACUCAGUGGAAUCUGUAACAUUAAUAGUAGCAUUAAAGGUCAGAUAUAAAAAUCGAGUAUUUUUGAUUCGUGGUAAUCAUGAAAGUCGUCAAAUUACUCAAGUUUAUGGUUUUUAUGAUGAGUGUUUAAGGAAAUAUGGUAAUCCAAAUGUUUGGAGGUACUUUACUGACUUAUUUGAUUUUCUUCCUUUAUCUGCAUUAAUAGACAAUAAAAUAUUUUGCCCUCAUGCAGGUUUAUCUCCAAGUUUACCAACACUAGAUUCUAUUAAGAAUUUGGAUAGAUUUCAAGAAGUUCCUCAUGAAGGUCCAAUGUGUGAUUUAUUAUGGUCAGAUCCUGAUGAUAGAUUUGGUUGGGGUAUAUCUCAUAGAGGUGCUGGAUAUACAUUUGGAGAAGAUGUUAGUGAAAUGUUUAACCAUACUAAUAGCUUACAAUUGAUUUGUAGAGCACAUCAAUUAAUUCUUGAUGGUUAUCAAUGGUCGCACAACAAAAAUGUUGUUACUGUAUUUUCAGCUCCAAACUACUGCUAUCGCUGUGGUAAUCAAGCUGCUAUUUUAAAGAUUGAUGAAAUUGGAAACUUUAGGUUUUUGCAAUUUGAUCACGCUCCUGAAAAGCUUGUACCUGGACAUGAAAAUCAAUUAUCAAUUCCAGAUUAUUUUAUUUGA